CUGUCCCUGCUGGGGCUGCUUCCCCCACGUUCCCAUCUCUCUGUGCUGGCAGCAGAGGUGCAGGCGGCCGUUGGUGCCCGGCCAGCUCCAUGCUGAGCCCAGGGCCCCAGUGCCCCAGGCUGCCCCGCGCCGCGUGGCCUUGGCAGCCAGGACCGGGCCCGGCUCCUCCUCCAGGUGCCCCGUGACGGUUCCAGGGGUGACAUUACCUGCCCAACCUGCGCUGCCGCUCCCAGCCUGCACUCAGCCGCCCUGGGCCUCCCUGCGCCGCCCGCGUCGCCUUCACUCCCCGACCGCGCUCCCUCCUGGGACCCCCCUCACUGCUGGGACCCCCCUCACACCCCGACACAGAGGAGACUUUGCCCCCCUCACCACCCCCUGCAGCCCGCCCCGCUCUGAGCUCUGCGGAGGGAAGGAGGAAACCGGGCGGCAGCCGGGAGAUAUGAGCAGCACUGAGGACGACUACAACUUUGUUUUUAAAGUGGUUCUGAUUGGGGAGUCCGGCGUGGGCAAAACCAACCUGCUGUCCCGCUUCACCCGCAAUGAGUUCAACCACGACAGCCGCACCACCAUCGGCGUGGAGUUCUCCACCCGCACCGUCCUGGUGGGAGACGCCGUGGUGAAGGCACAGAUCUGGGACACGGCCGGGCUGGAGCGGUACCGAGCCAUCACCUCUGCGUACUACCGUGGGGCUGUGGGUGCUCUGGUUGUCUUUGACAUCACCAAGCACCAGACGUACGACGUGGUGGAGCGCUGGCUGAAGGAGCUCUAUGACCACGCCGAGGCCAGCAUCGUGGUCAUGCUGGUGGGCAACAAGAGCGACCUGGCGCAGGCACGGGAGGUGCCCACGGAGGAGGCCAAGAUGUUUGCAGAGAACAACGGGCUGCUCUUCAUUGAGACGUCGGCGCUGGACUCCACCAACGUCGAGCAGGCGUUUGAGACCGUCCUGAAGGAGAUCUCCAGCAAAGUGCAGCAGCAGAAGCAGAGGAGCAGCCAGAGCAGCACGGUGUCACUGGGCAGUGAGAGCACAGACGGCGCGGCCGCAGCGCAGGAGAAGCGCCCGUGCUGCGUGGCCAUCUGAGCUCGUCCCGGGGCUCGUGGCCGCCGGCGCAGCUCGGUGACAACCCACCCGCGUUGCCGCCCGUUGUCCCGGAGCGUGGCCGUGAUCUGCCGUCAGCAGCGCGAAGCGACGGCGCAGCUGAGCGGCAUCGGCCCGUCCAUCCCUACGGGAACCGCUCGGGGGUCGCUGCAUCCCGAGCCCGACGGGACCCCAAGAAAGAGCCCUAAGGGGGCAGAGCAGCUGUGCCCCCCCGCGCACCUUUGUCCCCAUCUCAGUGUGUCGUGGGCCGGUCCCACCGCAGAACGCAGCCCGCGGCUCCGUGCCCGGCGCAGCCAUUAAAGGACUGAAAGGCA